CCUCCCCCUCACACAUACAGGAAACGUCCACACUUCGCCUAAAAGCGCAGGCAGCUGGGGGAGAGCAGCUCCGCCAGACAAGUUUUAAGCUAGUUUUUCGUAUUUAAUGAGUGAACGGAGGAGUAUCGGGCGUCAUGUGGCGGCAGAAAGGAGAUACGUCGCGUUUAUGGGCGAGUCCGGCUCUUCUCCUCGCCGCUGCGCUCUGUAUAGUUGUUGUUUUGGUUCCUGUGGUCAGCCCGGGUCCUGUCAGCCCUGCCGCUACAGAGGAGCCGGGGGAGACCUACAGUAAAUACUACAGCUUUGUAGAACUGAGCCGAAUACUGAAGUCCCUCGCUCAGAAAUAUCCGCACAUCUCCAACCUCAGCAGCAUCGGGCGCUCCGUGCAGGGCAGGGAGCUGUGGGUGAUGAGGAUCAGCUCAGAGCCCGCGGCUCAGGUUCCCGGGAAGCCCAAGUUUAAGUACGUGGGGAACAUGCACGGAGACGAGACGGUUUCUCGGCAGGUUCUGGUCUAUCUCAUAGAGCACCUGUUAACCGGGUACGGAGAGGACCCGCGCGUGAACGAGCUGAUCAACAGCACGGAUAUCUACAUCAUGCCCAGCAUGAACCCGGACGGGUUCGAGAGGGCUGUGGAGGGGGACUGCGACGGCGACGAUAAGGCAAGAAGCAACGCCAAGGACGUCGACCUGAACAGGAGCUUCCCUGACCAGUUCUCAGACAUCAACGUCAGUGAAGAUGAGGCUCCUGAGAAGACAGCUGUGAUGAAGUGGAUCCUGGAGAACAAGUUUGUUCUCUCUGGAAAUUUGCAUGGGGGCACAGUGGUGGCCAGUUAUCCCUUUGAUGACUCUGCCUUGCAUGGCGGCAGUAUCUACAGCGAGUCACCUGACGACUCUCUCUUCAGAUACUUGGCUCGGGUUUAUGCGGAGAACAACCCCAUCAUGAAAACUGGGAAGCCUAAAUGCCCUCUGGAUCCCAGUGAGAUGUUUAAAGAUGGCAUCACGAAUGGUGCAAAGUGGUAUGAUGUGGCAGGUGGGAUGCAGGACUACAAUUACUUGAGUGGGAACUGCCUGGAAAUCACCAUGGAACUGAGCUGCUGCAAGUAUCCUCCCGCUGCACAGUUACAAACAGAGUGGGAAAACAACAGAGAAGCACUGCUGGCUUACAUGGAGAAGGUUCACAUCGGAGUUCGGGGUUUUGUCAGGGAGGCUGGGAGUGGGAAGCCUCUCUCUGAUGCAAUGAUCAUGGUGGCAGGCAUUAACCACAAUGUGAGCACUGCACAAUUUGGUGAUUAUUAUCGACUGCUGCUGCCUGGCACCUACAAUAUCACAGCUGUAGCCUCUGGUUGCGUACCCAUGACCAUAACCAAUGUUCAGGUAUCUGAAGGCAAAGCUACAGAACUUAACUUCACUCUAGCACUGUUAAACUCUGAGACCAUCAGCCAGACAGCCACUCCCUUACCAACACCCUCCACCACUGCCGCCCCGAUCAGCAGCGGCAACAACACCAGGGCUUCCACCGACAUCACAGGAACAGCAGAGGAGGGCUCCAGUAGCAGCACAGGAUCACCAGAGCCAAAGCCCCUGCAGCCCCAGGAGUUCCGCCAUCACCACUACAGCGACAUGGAGCUGUUUAUGCAGAAGUUCAGCAGCAAGUACCCCUCCAUUACACGCCUCUACUCCAUCGGCAAGUCUGUGGAGAAUCGCAUGCUCUGGGUGAUGGAGAUCUCCGACAACCCGGGGGAGCACGAACAAGGUGAACCAGAGUUUAAGUACAUCGGUAACAUGCACGGCAACGAGGUGGUGGGACGAGAGCUGCUGCUUAACCUGAUCGAGUAUCUCUGCCGUAAUUAUGGCACCGACCGCGAGGUCACCCAGCUUGUCAACACCACCCGCAUUCACAUCAUGCCCUCCAUGAAUCCAGAUGGCUAUGAAGUUGCCCAAGAGGGAGAUAUCGCUGGUUACCAGGGACGCAACAACAGCAACAACUACGACCUGAACCGCAACUUUCCUGAUCAGUUUAAAACAAUCACAGAUCCCAGGCAGCCUGAGACUAUAGCUGUGAUGGACUGGGUGAAAAGAUACCCGUUUGUGCUGUCUGCUAACCUGCAUGGAGGUUCUUUGGUGGUGAAUUAUCCCUUUGAUGAUGACCCAGACGGCAUUAGCCAGUACAGCAAGUCUCCAGAUGAUGCCGUGUUUCAAAUGCUUGCCACUGCUUACUCCAAGGAAAACACACUCAUGCACAAUGGCCACCCUUGUCCAGAAAUUGCAGUAUACCCAGACGAGUACUUUAAGGAUGGGAUCACCAAUGGAGCUCAGUGGUACAAUGUACCUGGUGGAAUGCAGGACUGGAACUAUAUCAACACUAACUGCUUCGAGUUGACUAUUGAAUUGGGCUGUGAGAAGUAUCCUCUAGCAGACGAGCUGCCGCGCUACUGGGAGCAGAACCGUAGAUCUCUGCUACAGUUCAUCCACCAGGUCCACAGAGGAGUGAAAGGGUUGGUGACGGACAGUAAGGAUGGGACUGGCAUCCCCAAUGCCACCAUUACUGUAGAAGGAAUUGAUCAUUCAGUCACCACCAACAAGGCUGGUGACUACUGGCGUCUGCUCGUCCCUGGGAAGUACCACCUGACUGUUUCGGCACAAGGAUACACAUCUGUUGAUACGUAUGUGACGGUGCCAAAGGAUGGGGUGGUGGUUGAGGAUAUUAAACUGACCCGCAUACGCAGUGAUGGUAACAGGCAGACGGCUAAGGGCUCCAGGGUGCAUGUGGACGCCAGCGAGGAGGAGUUCCAGAGCUUCAUCAAGCAGCUGUCUGUAGGGGGUGGUCUGGACCAGCUGAUUCAGGACACGUCGACCACGAGCACAACUUUACGCUACCGGCACUAUAAAGAGCUGUCGGAGUUUCUGCGCGGCCUCAACUUUAACUUCCCCAACAUCACCUCACUUCAAAGACUUGGUCAGAGUGCAGAGUACCGGACCAUCUGGGCCCUGGAGAUCUCAAACAAGCCUAACGUUCCGGAGCCGUCUGAACCCAAGAUCCGCUUUGUGGCUGGUAUACAUGGCAAUGCCCCAGUCGGCACAGAGCUGCUUCUGGAGUUUGCUGCCCAUCUCUGCAUUAACUACGGCAAGAAUGAUGCUAUUACUAGGCUAAUCAACGAGACCAGAAUAGUCAUCCUUCCCUCCAUUAACCCAGAUGGUCGUGAGCUGGCUAAAGAAAAAGAGUGCAGCUCCCCUGUAGGCAUGACCAAUGCAAAUGGCAAGGACCUUGACACUGACUUCUUUGGUAAUGCCUCGCAGCGCUCUGCAGAUCCUCAGCCUGAGACCCGUGCUGUCAUGGAUCUGAUACAGGAGAAGGGCUACACUCUCUCAGUGGCACUGGAUGGAGGCUCUGUAUUGGUUACGUAUCCAUAUGACAAACCAGUGCAACCAGUGGAAAAUGAGAGUACCCUGAGGUAUUUGGCUACUGUGUAUGCCAACAACCAUCCAACAAUGCACUUGGGAAACACUGGAUGUCCAAACAGCAGCCAGAUGGGCAAUAUUCCAGAUGGAGUGCUGCGAGCUGCAGAGAAGCACAGUCACAUGGGCAGUAUGAAGGACUUCAGCGUUGACUUUGGUCAUUGCCCUGAGAUUACAGUGUACACCAGCUGCUGUCUGUUCCCCCAAGCUGAUCAGCUGUCGGUCCUUUGGGUUGAGAACAGGAAGUCUCUGCUCAGCAUGCUUGUAGAGGUGCACAAAGGCGUGCGUGGAAUAGUGAAGGACAAGAGUGGAAAGCCCAUAGUGGGGGCCAUGAUAGUGCUGAACGGUGGAGUGCGAGUGUUCACUAGUGAAGGUGGCUACUUCCAUGCUCUGCUGGCUCCAGGCUCACACAACAUCGAGGCAGUAGCAGAGGGAUACCAGCAGCAGCGUCAGGAGGUGAUUGUAUCUUCAUACGAGGCAGCAAACUCUAUCGUGAUUGAGUUUGAUAUGGACAACCGCAUCUUCGGCUUGCCAAGGGAGUUGGUGGUGGCAGCUGCAGCCGCAGCCAUGACUGCCCUCACCAUCACUGCCUGCAUCAUCUGGUGCGUGUGCUCGGCCAAGUCCAACAGACAGAAGGACGGCUUCCACCGGCUGCGGCAGCACCGAGACGAUUACGACGACGAGAUCCGCCUCACCUCCAUGGGCUCCAAGAAGUCUCUCCUGAGCCAUGAAUUCCAGGACGAGAGUGAAAGUGAUGAGGACACUCUGUAUGCCAACAAACUCUGAUGAACCCCCUUUACCCCACAGCACACUUACACCUAUUACAGUCACCUACUCUGCCUCCACCCCACAGCGCCGCCCUCCAGGAGACAGAGUGACGGAGAGGGCCGAGUGGAACCUGGUGGCUCAGUUUUUUUUUUCUUAUUCUGCAGUCCAGAGCUCACAGGCCUGCUCCUGGAGGAACCCAGCAGGGGGCGCUCGAUUCAAAGGCCCAUCAAAACACAGAAAUCAAUCACAGGAUGCACUUUACUGCCACGAUUGGUCCAAAUUAGUCAUCUGUUUCACACCUUGAUGUAUGCAAAUAAUCGCUGUACAGAUUCACUGUACUAUCUGCCCACAGCCAGCCCUAUAUUUAUUUGAGUUUGGAUAGUGUUAUCUUUCUGCUUGUUAGUGUGUGAGUAACCUCUCAGCAGCUCUUCCAGCAGGUGUCCAGUCCGUACAGAACCAGUACAGCACUAACUGAACUGCCCAAGUGAACAGAAACUCAACAGGAUUACUGAACACAGUGCCUUGUCUGAUUAGUUUGAGCCAUUGUUGCCUGUUGGCUUGUCGUGAGGUGUGAAGACGGGUGUAGGUAGUGUAAUUCAGACUCUCCUCUCUGCCAUACUUUUUACAUUUGGGUCGUUACAUAAGAAGCCUUUCUCUUUAUUCACACACUGUCCCAUACAAUAACCCCUGGAGUUACAGGAAACAGGCGAGAGGUUGUGGAAAUAAAGACAUUUCUCUGAGAACGAGUGCUGCUUAUGCAUCACGUUUUUUUCUCUCUGUUUAUGAGGACUUGGGUAAGUCAGGUGGAAACAUGAGGGCAAGAUCCAAACCACCUCAACUCUAAAUCAGAUCAUGCAUUGCCUUUCUGUGCUCACACUCUUAAAAAAAACAAAACAAAAAAAAAACAGGGUGCUACAAACGUUUUUUGAACAAUCGUAGUAUAACAGUCACUUAUUCAGUUAGCAUGCUGGCUAAGCUAUUAAUUGACCUAUUAUUUUCAAUUCUUUGACCUAUUACUUUCACACAAGGGUCACAGUUUAUGUGCAAAUAUGCAUUGUAUGUAACAGGAGAUGAACAUUAUGUGGUUCUGAGGCUCUUUUCCAUGUUUAAUUUUACACUGAUUAGAAUAUAAAUUAAAUACAGUGGGGAAUUAACAGAGUUAACAGUGCAGCAGAUGGGGACCUCAGGCCCUUGUCUCUGUAACUAGUGUGAAUAAUGCAUUCAGCCAAUCAAUUUAGAAAUGAAUAAGUUCUUUUAAAAUUAUUAAGGAAAUUUUGAGUUAAUGCUUGCCAAUUUUCACCAAAUCAUGGCUCCAAAUUAUGUCCUCCCAGCGGAAAUAACUGGUUGCAGUCAUGCUUGAUGCAGCAAAGCCUCCAUAUGUCUGUGAAGUCUGCCAUUAUUUUUUCCCUUUAUUCAAUCACAUUUUUUUUUAAGCAAAGCCAGCCAAACCUUAUCUCUGAAAGAACCAUUUUUGGUUCAAUAAUACCAUAUUUGUCAUAGAAAUGAUUUAAAAAUAUGAAAAAUCUUUUCUUAAUAAAGGUUCCAUUUAAAAGGUUCUUUACAAUCACUUUGUAUCUCUAUUCCAAACAAAAGUUGUUUUCUUUUUAGUAUCGUUCAAAGAACCGUUAGUAGCAUUUAGUUUUUUUUUUUUUUUUUUUUUUAAAGAGUGCAGUUCUUGAGCACUGUAACAUUGUAACGGGGUAACAGUACACAUUAGUCACGGGUUGGUGUGCAUCACUGCUUAAACCUUGCAAAAUAUAUACACAAAAAAAAAAACGUUUUACUUCAAUCUAGUGCCGCAUUCCAUAGAAUAUUGGUCUAAUACUGAUGCAGUUUCCAUUAUACCAUAUAAAUUUACUUAUUUUCUGGGUAAUACACACACUUGUGAAAUCACUGUUUUUACCCAAACAGCAUAUAUUUAUCUAUGCUACAUUAUCAUACCAUACAUUCUUUUUGUGACUGCCUACAAUUAACUUUUACCCACGUACUGUUACACCCCUAUUAUACACAUACACACCGGGUCAGUUUGUUGCCUAGCUUUCACUCAAAGCCUCACUUUAACUCACAUUUGCUAAGAAUACACAGGAUUGUAUGGAAGCCUUCAGUCACUUCAGAGUGAGUGGUAUUCAGCUUGCCAAGAAUGUAUAAAGUUGUUUCUUUAAUUUUUUUUUAUUUUAUUUGAUAUAUUUUCUUUGCACUCUUUCAGCAGGCUUGUUUGUGCAUAUCUAAUCUACUUAAAUAUACUGGGGUAUUAAAUGUUGGAGAUUUGUACACAGAUAGAGUUGAUGUUGGCCACACACUGUUUUAAAAGCUGUUAACUAUGUUUGUUGUUUCUCAGAGAAUCCUCCAGUCACAGUUGAUCAGAAGUACUGAGUGGAAAAUGUGAUUUUAUAGGGAUUUCACUGGAUUCUAAUUAUGAACUGAAUAAGUAGAUAGCUCUGGUAGAGAAUCUCUGGAAAAGGCAAUAACAUAUUUGAUUUGUUUGUUGAUUUCUUUAUGAAUUUGUCAUGUUUCCCACAUUUUUACUGAUGUAAACUAGGGCUGCACGAUAUUGGAAAUAUUUUGCAGAAGGAUGUGUUUUUGCAAUAUUAAUUAUUCAUUCAUUAAUUUAGCCACUUUAAUACUAUUUAAGUACUUAAAUAGACUAAAUUUUCCUUUCAAUGGUAAAUCUACAUUCAGAAUGCUGUGUAGCAUUCCCCAUAAAGGCUGACCCCUUUAUGGGGAAACACUGUACUGUAUUAUGGAGAUAUAAUCUGCCUCUGGUAGAUUAGUCAUAUUAGAUUUUAUUAAAUAUAUUACGUAUUUUCUUUGCGCUUAUUUUGAGUUCAAAUGACUUAAAAUAAGAUAAACUCUAAAUUAGACUGAUUUAAGAGAUUUAUUCCUAAAAUAAACAAAAUAAUCACAUAAUCAAUUAACAUUUAGAAUGCUUAGCCAGACAAAGUCUUAUUAGAAAAGAACAUGAGAUUUAUGGCUUUAAAAUUAGAUCAUUUCACUUGCUGUUUAAAGCAGCAAUAAUGUUUAAUGUUCAGUUAAGUUUGCUGCACAUGAUUUUACAUUUUGCAAUUAUUGUUCAUUGUGAUGUCUAUGCUUAAACAAUAUAUUGUGCAGCCCUAAUGUAAACUGCAUAUUGAAAAUCAGUCAGUCAGUUUGCAUAUUUAAAUUAUCAAAAAAAAUCUGAUCCUUAUUAGGAGUUUGGUCAGUUUAAAGACCCUUUCCACUCAAAUCUGCAUGUCCUUUUCUAUAUCCUAGCGUUUCAGUCACUAAAAACUGCUUUUUUUUUUUUUUUUUUUUUUUUUUUUUUAGAAACACCCAUAAAGCUGGAAAUUGUAUUUAUUUAUUUUUUUCUGUUUUCAGUUUAGUUGUGUAGACAGGAAAAAAACGAGCUUGUUUCUAUUUCUGGCCGAACCUCUAAAUCUUCUAAAUUUAGAAUCUAUAGUUUUGUGACUUGCAUAAUACACUACUUGAGGAGUAGUAUGUAUUGUAGGAUUAAACCUCUGUGUUUUCUUUCUGCUAAUGUCUCUCCCAAUGAUGUACCUUCAGCCCUUAAAGUCUCUGUAUGGAGGGAGAUAUUUUAAAAAACAGAGGAAAACGUCUGAUUGAAAAAAUUCAUGAAUAUGUGUGGACCAGGGGUCACCUUCACCAAUCGCUCUAAAGUAGAAAUUUGUUCUUAAACUCUCUAAAGCAGCUUUUAUAAGGAUACAGACAUUAACCAGUAUUUUGUUAUUUGGAUUUUGUUAAGUUUGUAAUGAUGGACAGACUUUUUGGACUUUAGAUUUUUUUGUGACAAAUGAAAGAAAAUACUUAGGAAAGUAUUGGUGAGUGAGACCCCAUAACUCAUCCUUUCUAUUAAGAAUCAAGCUGAUAUUUUAUUAAUCCAUCUGAGCGAGGUUUUAAUGUAUGUAGUUAUCAUUUGGUCAUCUCAAUUAGUAAUAAAAUAUAAGAUUUUAUACAGUGCCCCUGCUUUAAAUGUAUAAUAUAUCUAGGCAAAAUCAUUUUCUGCCUUAAAGAUUUUUUCAUUUUUUUUGUUUUCAUGUAUUAAGAUGUUGAUUUAGUAUUUCCACAGGUAAUUCAUGUUAUCAUGCAUAAGAAUGCAGACUGUGUCCUAUACAAAAAUUCAGACUAUGAUUUUCUUAUUUUGGUGUUCGCAUUAUUUUGUCCAUCCCCAGAGCAUAUGAAAUGCAAUAUGUAAAACUGUUGGUAACCAUCCUGUAUUGUCUCCAGUGUUUGUUUUUGUUUGUUUAAUUGAUUCAGUUAUGAAGUUACUGCACCACCAUUAAGAAACACAGUGUACAGUAGAAAGGCUUGGGGAAAGGUCCAUUUGUUCACUGUUUGUUUCCAUUGCUACAUGAACUCAAUAUGAUGGCUUUUCUGCUGAUUUUCAUGCUUGAGUGCAAACCUUGGUUGUGUGCUUGCGUGUGUGUGUGUGAGACUGAACAAUUGUGUAUAGCUUUUGUAUGGUCUGGUUGUGCUGAUGUGUAUAUAUAUUUUUUCCUUUUUAUACAAAAGGGAUUGAUUGUAGAUAGCUACGUGAUGCCAACCGUAUGUAAAAUGAUUUAAGUGCAAUUUGGGUGGACGGUGGAACACAGUGUGAAUAAACUGCUGUUUAUAUCUGA